UGAAUAAAAUAUACUAUAAAAUUUACCCUUAUAUUGGCAUUACUUAUAUAACCUAAAACUUGAGUUAAAAUCUAAGUACAAUAACAAUUUGUUAAUAGCAAAUUAUCAUGGCUGGAAGCAGAUUAGAAAAAAUUGGUACAAUAUACACGAGGACUUCAGCUUUGUUAAGCCGAGGGGCUAUGAACUGGGAGGACAGACCAAUUUGGUAUGAUAUUUACGAAGCAUUUCCACCUAAAGAUGAACCAAGAUUCGACAGACCAGCUCCCAAUUUAAAACUAAAACCUAUUUUAUACAAAGAAGACAAAGUUCGAGCUAUUUUCCACAGAAACAACAAGCACAUAGGAGCAGUCCAACUGACUAAUAACAAUUAUAAGAGCCUAACACAAAAGUUUAUAGAUACAUACAUCAAGCUGGAAGAACAGGAAGGUCCAGGGGAUAGUGAAUCAUUGUAUACACAAGCAAUUGAGAUAUUAAACAAGGAAAGAAAUACACAAAAAAGUUCAGAUGAGGAUGAAGUCAGUUUGAGCAAAGCAUUUAAACAAGCACAAUCUAUCCAAGUUAAACAAGAAGAAGCACCAAAGAUUACUGUUAAAGUUAGUGACCUAUUCAAAGAAUAGGUUUAAAAUUUCUGUAGUCUUUAAUAAAUUGUUCUGGUUUA